AUGUCCGAGGGCCGCGGCGCCGCCGAGUGGGAGAUCGACGUGGAGAGCCUGGAGCUGGAUGCGGCGGCGGGGCCUGGCGCGGCCCCGGCGGCGGCGGCGGCGGAGGAGGAGGAGGAGGAAGAAGAGGCGGCGGCCGUCGAGGCCGGCGCGGCGGCGGCCCCGGCGCGGCGGGCGGCGGCGGAGCCGCGGAAGCUGAGCCGCACGCCCAAGUGCGCCCGGUGCCGCAACCACGGCGUCGUGUCCUGCCUCAAGGGCCACAAACGCUUCUGCCGCUGGCGCGACUGCCAGUGCGCCAACUGCCUGCUCGUAGUGGAGCGGCAGCGGGUCAUGGCCGCCCAGGUGGCCCUCCGACGGCAGCAGGCCACAGAGGACAAGAAGGGGCUGUCGGGGAAGCCGCCGGGCGCCGAGCGCCGAGCCGUCUACCCGAGACACGCGCGGACGCCCAGCCUGCUGGCCAAGAGCAUCCUGGAAGGUUACCGUCCCAUCCCAACAGACCCUUACCUAGGAGGGAGUUCACCCUUGCCACCCCCUGUAAGUGACAGGAUGAGAAAGAGACGGGCUUUUGCUGAUAAAGAGCUGGAGAACAUUAUGCUAGAGAGAGAGUACAAAGAAAGAGAGAUGAUGGAAGCUACACAAGCAGCUGCCCUUUUUCUUCCUAACCACAUGGUGCAUGGACCUGAAUACAGCUCGUAUAAAACAGCUUUCAACCCUGCUCGAGUCGAUGCUCCCAACAAGGAGUUUUGCAACUUUUUACCAACGUGCCUUGAUCUAACCAUGCAGUAUUCAGGAUCUGGUAACAUGGAACUAAUUUCUUCAAAUGUCAGUGUAGCGACUACCUACAGGCAGUAUCCCCUGUCUUCCAGGUUCUUAGUGUGGCCAAAAGGUGGCCCCAUUAGCGAUGCUCUCCUCUACCAGCAAUGCCUCUUGAAUGCUACUGCUGUCCAGGCUCUCAAACCUGGGGCAGGGUGGGAUGCCAAGGUCUCACAAAGUCAGGACUGUCCUAGCACUGAGCAAGACAUUGUGUCUCCAAAAUUGGAAAAUUCUCUUGUUUUGACCCACACACGAGACAUUCAGCAGUCAUGUAAUGAGAUUGCGUGCCUUCCUCAGGAAGCUCGAGAGAGGUCAGCUUUUUCUCCUCCAAAAAGGACUUUCUCUCAGAUUUCUGAUAAGGAUCCUCUGGCUCCUCAAGAACAGAUCUUAAGCAAGAUCAGCAAAGAAAGCACCAAGCCUCCUCCACCACUCAAAUAUAAUCCAUUCCAGUCACUGUUCCAGCAAACAUUUCCUGACAAAUCUGGAGCAGAGUUGCAAACAGCAUUUGUCAAAGAGACUUUUGAAGAAGCUUCUAAGAAAUAUAGAGAGUGCUCCUCUAAAGAGAACCCAAAGUACAAAUUUACAAUAGACAAAUAUGCAAAAGACUUCUUUGGGACCAAACAGGCCACAACAAAACUUUCAACAAAUGAGCCACUGUCAUUUUCAGUUGAAUCCAUCCUUAAACGACCUUCUUCUACAGUUGCUAAUGUCUCUCAAUAA